AUGGCAUCCGCAGGGAAACGCAACGCGCAAGAGCUCAAGAAACUGGAAAAGACUGAUGUUAAGACAUCAGAGGCGAGACUCUUUAACGCAUACGCGACCACACAGAACGUGAUUGAAGACAUAGAGGAGUUGUUGCCUCGCCUCUCCCCUCACCAUCCAGAGAUUGCCGAGUUGCUUCAGACGGCCAGGGCGGAGCCCAUGACACCCUUCACUAUCCAUGGGCAUUGUGACGACAGCGAGACGAAGACUUGGCCGAAGACCGACCCUGCUAUGGAUCGCUGGUUUCCGGAUGCUGUUGACCAAGCUCCGCCCAUAUCGUUGUCUACAGCGAGUGUUGUGCUUGUCGUUGGUCGCUUUCCACAAGCGUUAUACGACCAGUACCUCGAGCUCAACCACAUCAACGCGACCGAGGUCAAACUUGGACAUGGCAUAGGACGGAUCGCAUGGCUAGAACGCAACGUUCACGGGAAGCUAAGCCGCAUCGUCCUCUACAUCGACCACCCGGAGUGCUUCAAGAGGUAUCGAGCCCACGUUACCACGAAGGCCCAACAUCGGCAAGCCCUCCGAGAGCGCCUUGUGGACCUGACAAUGGUCUACUUCAGGCGGCCGGUCUCUCUCCCGGCCUUUCUAUCUACCACGCAGACAUGGCACCAGCACUCGACUGGACAGCUCGUUCCGCUGCGCGUGUUCGCCGACUUCCUUGACGGUGAUGGCGAUGAGACAGAGCUGAGGACAGCGCUGACGUGGCCACGAACUCCAUCUGGCUUCGAGUGCCUCAGCGACUGGCUUCAAGAGAUCUCGAAGAUCGCUCUCAUCUACAAGGUGCACACCGUCGCCGGUGAGGACUGCCGGACAUUCUUUCAGAGCUCCGAGAUGAUCGCGCGCUAUGGGCCAAGGGCAGACACGUUCGAGAAGGCGAUGGAGCGUAUAUGGGACAACACCGCGCUGGUCGAAGAAGACGACGACGAGGAAGAAGAGGGACCUACAAGGAAGAGGACCAAAGUGACCGGACUGAAGGCUGGGCUGUCAAAGGAAGGGUACGAUCGCCAGACCUACAAAAUGAACCAAGCAAAGAUCGCCGCUGGUGACAAAAUCGCCGCGGAGAAGUUCGAUAAGAAGCGCAAGAGCAUCACGCAAACCCACAAAACCACACAGGCGAAGGUCGCUGCCAUGGAUGGGAAGAUACCAUUCAACGAUGCGCUUGACAAGAGCAAGAUGUCGACUACGAAGAAGGCACCGAGCAAGUCCCUAGAGUCAGGGCGCCGGUCGAGAGCCCUCCGCGAUCUGAAGAUCGCACAAGGGGACCCUAAGGCUAUCGAGAGCAAGAGAAAGCAGAGGGAGAACCAGGCCAAGUGGAGGCAGUCCCAGAGAGAAAAGGUCAAGGCCUUUGACUUGAAGCAGGCUGAGAAUGAGAAGAAAGUGGAGGACGAGCAGAACUAG